AUGGGCCAGUCUCAGUCCAAAGGCGGAGACCGCUCCGGCGAUCCUCUGCAAUCAUAUCCAUCGUUUUCACGCACCGAUACCAAAGAAUCCAUCCGAUCUCUCAAAGGCUCCAUCAGAUCCAAGAUUCCGGGAUCCCGAGGUAACGACAAGAACAAUGAUAGUCCGAGGAAUUCGACGGCAGGCUUCGGCGAGGAUCGAUCCGACGAAGCUUCUGUGCGGUCUACAAGCAGUUUGAAGCAACAACCUGUCGCUCAACAGUCUACUGUCUCAAAUGAUCCAAUUCCUUCUCGCACCGGAACUCCUGAACCCCCACCAUCUCCCUCACAAUCUACCUCAUUGAAUCGAGGCCACAAGGAUGUGGAUGCUGCUCAACAGAGUGGCGAAGUUGAUCUAGUAUCGGAUGCACCACCCUCUGUGCCACCUGUCACACCGCAGGCUCCUGGAGAAUCCAUAUUGGUGAGGCCUGAGAAUCAAAUUAACCCUAUUAUUUUAGACAUUCUCGCAUCCGCGGGGUCCGAUACGAGCACUUCACCUGGGAUGGGAAUGGGAGCGCUCAAGACCAUUGAUUUGGAUGACAUGAUUUCUCGAUUGUUGGAUGCUGGCUAUUCGACCAAAAUUACCAAAGCUGUUUGUCUGAAGAAUGCAGAAAUCAUUGCGAUUUGUACCGCGGCACGUGAAUUGCUCCUCUCUCAACCAGCUUUGCUAGAGUUGUCGGCGCCGGUCAAGAUUGUGGGCGAUGUUCACGGUCAAUAUACCGAUCUCAUCCGACUAUUUGAAAUGUGCGGAUUUCCUCCAGCGGCAAAUUAUUUGUUUCUAGGCGACUAUGUCGAUCGAGGAAAACAGAGUCUCGAGACCAUUCUUUUGUUGCUGUGCUAUAAGCUGAAAUACCCUGAGAAUUUCUUCCUUCUCCGUGGAAACCACGAAUGCGCAAAUGUGACUCGUGUUUACGGAUUUUACGAUGAAUGCAAACGCAGAUGUAAUAUCAAGAUCUGGAAAACGUUUGUUGACACAUUCAACUGUUUACCCAUCGCUGCGAUUGUUGCCGGAAAGAUAUUCUGUGUUCAUGGUGGUCUUUCGCCCAGUCUUUCUCACAUGGAUGAUAUUCGAGGCAUUGCACGACCAACAGACGUGCCGGACUAUGGUUUAUUAAACGACUUGCUGUGGAGCGAUCCUGCAGAUAUGGAGGAAGAUUGGGAGCCUAACGAGCGUGGAGUGAGUUAUUGUUUUGGCAAGAAGGUCAUUAUGGACUUUUUACAACGACACGAUUUCGAUCUUGUUUGCCGAGCACAUAUGGUCGUGGAGGAUGGAUAUGAAUUCUUCCAGGACCGGAUUCUGGUUACUGUUUUUUCUGCUCCAAAUUACUGCGGCGAAUUUGAUAACUGGGGUGCCAUAAUGUCAGUAUCUGCGGAGCUGCUUUGCAGUUUUGAGUUACUCAAGCCUCUAGACUCGAGUGCUUUGAAGAAUCACAUCAAGAAGGGACGGAACAAGCGAAACAGCAUGCUCAACAGUCCUCCUGCCGUUGUUUCUGCGCAAAGUUAUUAA